UUUAGACAGCAGUCUGCAACCAAGAUAAGUCAUUGUUUCUUUGUUUUUGUCGUUGGUAGCAAACAGCAAAUAUCAAAUUUGACUGUUAUGGGUUCAAGAAUCUAUCUAUUUACAGGUUCUUAGUUAAACAGAACGAGAUUCAAAUGGAAAUUAUGAGUACUUUUAAUACAUCUACAAAUUUGCAUAACACAUUCCCCCCUAUUGUCACCUUAUGCUAUAUUCUUAUAAGUCAAUGAAACAUCACUUUCUUAUCUGUGUUUGACGAGGGUUAUUUUAUUCUACUGAACUUGACAAAGUCUCCUGUGCACCUCCACUCUAUCUUCAGUGAAGAUGGCUAUGAACCAUUCUUCAUUGAAUGGUUGUGUGUCCAGCGGUCGUGUGUCUGCAGUACCCAGGCCUACCAAUACACUGGACAGAGAUGCUGAAAUGUUUGCAAUAGCAGCUCGAAACUGGCUCAUUCAUCAACGCUACGUCCGAAAAGAAUUUGACAUUUGUAAGCUACUGAUUGAGGAGGAACUUCAGAAAACUAAUGGUUACAAUGAGUAUGCCAAUUAUGUUCUCGGUCUCAUUUUACGUCACGAGGGAAAGAUUCAAGAAUCAAUGGAGUAUUUCAAGAAGUGCCACUCAUUGAAUCCCAGAAAUAUAGAAAAUAUCAAACAAGUUGCUCGUUCACUUUUCCUGUUGGGCCGUCACGAGUUGGCUAUUGAAGCUUAUUUGGAAGCAGAGAAAACAGCAGAAUCUCCUGAUUGGAACAUCUACCAUAACUUAGGUGAGUGUUACGUACGUGUGGAGCAGUACGCUAAGGCAAGAGAGUACUUGAGCCGCGCAGUGACUCUGGGCAAGAGUGAGACGUCGUACUGUGCACUCGCACGGUUGUACGAGCGAGACGGAGACAUCAGGGGUGCGAUUGACAUCUACAACACUGCUCUGGGGGUGUAUCCUGGUAGCAGUGAACUAGCUGUGGAGCUUGGGUUGAUACACCUGCGUAAUGGUGACUAUCAACGUGCUGUCAACUGGUUGGGAUAUGCGUUGGCACAUGACGGUGCUUAUACACAAGCUCUGCAAGCCAUGGGUACAGUCAUACAGAAGCAUGGUGAGUUCGACACUGCUCUAGCCAAGUACAAGAUGGCUGCACAAUAUCUGCCUGAGUCACCUGCUCUAUGGAACAAUGUCGGCAUGUGCUUCUUUGGCAAGAAAAAAUAUAUUGCUGCAAUCAGCUGUUUGAAGAGAGCUCACUAUUUGGCACCCCUGGACUGGAAGUCUCUGUACAACCUGGGACUAGUACACCUCACCUGCCAACAGUACAGUUCAGCGUUUACGUUCCUGUCAGCUUGUGUGAAGCUGCGACACCGGCACGCUCCUUCUUUUAUGCUACUGGGACAAACUCUUAUGAAACUGGAGGACCCUGACAAUGCUGGGAAGGCAUACGAGCAAGCAGUAAAGCUGGAUGCAGAGGAUCCUGCAAUACGGGCAAACUAUGCAGCAUACUGGGUCAGUCUGGGUGAUUACCCUCGGGCUCUGGAUCAGCUGAAUGCAUUUAACCGUCUGGCGCAGCAGAUACCCAACAUAGAUUCUGAGAUUCUGUCUGUAGUAAGCACUCUCACUUCAAUAGUUACAAGAGACAAGACUCCUGUACGUAAUAAUGCCUCUGGUGAAUCAUCAGAACAUCAAUCUUCUGUUGGUUACAUCUGACAGUUUAAUUAUUGUUACAGAUUCUGUCUGUAGUAAGCACUCUCACUUCAAUAGUUACGAGAGACAAGACUCCUGUACGCAAUGUUGCCUCUGGUGAAUCAUCAGAACAUCAAUCUUAUGUUGGUUACAUCUGACAGUUUAAUUAUUGUUACAGAUUCUGUCUGUAGUAAGCACUCUCACUUCAAUAGUUACAAGAGACAAGACUC